AUGGACGGAGUACAAAACGAAAACCUCACCAUUACCGGUGAAAGGAGAUUUCCUCCUGCCACUCUUGACACCUCGCUUGAUCUUCCAAAUCGUAAGUAUCAACAAUGCGAAAUGACCAUCCUUGGCCACCUCACUAAUACCACUGUCUUCUUGCCACCCACCGUAGCUAAACCGGCGUCAGAAAUCCCGUGGCGUAUUGCUGAGGCCAAGCCCCGCGACGGUCCUCCUAAUCCUCCUCCCUAUAAAUUCAAAGAGGGGGAAGUAUGUAUUAGAGAGCUGCUUGAGGCUUGUACCUCCAUACGUCCGACUAGUCUGGCCUCCUGGGUGAAUGUUGCCAGUGUGUACAAUGCCGGGUGUGAGAAUUUUGACUAUGGGCGACAGGACGGGGAGGUUCUCAGAAAAAACUUCAACCAGAUAAUUAAGACCCCUCCUUCUUGUAAGAAAGUGGUUUGCCGGGCAACGGCUAUUGCACAGAAAUCUGGCGUCAGAUCGGAAUUCAACGCCUCAAGGAGACAACCGAUUACUUCGACGCCCAAUUCUAGGAGGAUGGAGGAAAACUCCACCGCAAAGGAAAGGGAUACUGCACCUUCCGAGUCAAUGUCGAUCCCCUCCGGCUCCAACUCCAACGAGAACAAUCCAAUCUUACCAGCUUCGACGGCAGCCGAAACGGAGGACCACCCUGUGGAUAAGGAAAAGACUAUUGCUAGGCUGCGUAAGAACAUAGCAAUUCUUAAGACAAAGCUCUCUGUCUCAAACGGGAGGAGAGAGGCACUUGAGAGAGGAACUAGAAUGAUGAAGAGAAAUAAUGAAGGUCUUCUUCGUGACAUGAAAAAACUUUACGAGAAGAUAGCAGGAUUGGAAGGUGUAAUCAAAGACCUCGAAGGGUUUGCCUCAGACCCUCAUUACGAUCCCUCUAAGAAUAAAAGAACCGCCGAGCCUUGCAAUGACGAAAAGGUCCUCCACCCAGCUAAGCGCAACAAAAUCACCGUCGAUAUCGGUCGUCGGGGUACUCCAGGCGUCGUUGAUGAUACUCAACACAAUAUCGAUGGAAAUGUAAGCGAAUAA